AUGCUACAAUCAACGCAAGUGUUGGGUCCUCGCUGGUCACUUAAGGAGUUACGUGCGUUCUAUAUUCUACUCAAAGCACAUGGUCAGCAAUGGGAUAAAAUUGAUGAACAUCUUCCACAUCGUUCCAGUGCCAUGGUUCGUGCUCUAUUUGCAAUGCAUCGUGGUUAUUUAUCACUGUCCGAGGCAUCCGUUGAAGGAUUUUGUGCGAUCAUGAUGGACCAGUAUGCAAUGGAAGACAAGGAAAAUAUGAAAAUAUCACCCAAUAGGAUUGAAGCAAAUACUCACGUGAUGAAACAAGAAGAAGAUGGCGCUCGAAACAGGAAGAAACGACGAUUUGAGCGAUUUAUGACCAUCAAGGAGUCAAUUAGACCAGAUUUAAGCAUUGAGAGGGCACAGGAUUACGAUAGUAAAUGGCCAUUAAAGGCAUCAUUCAAGAGAGUGAAGCGAAAACGUAUCAUGCCAAUGAACUCAAGAACCUGGUUACGAGAUGACGAGAUGGAAGAAGUCGUCCAAGUCUACGGACUUCGAUUGAAUCUACCAUGGACUCACUGGUUUGAUUCGUAUCUCGAUAUGGACUUUUUUAAUCAUAAUGAGUUUAUGGAGUGUUUGAAAAACGUGGGACUGGAAAAAAUUACAGUCGCUGCGCGUCCUAUUUGGUCGUCGGUAAGGGCAUCUAUGGGUCGUCCACGGCGUCUCAGUCGUUUAUUUUUUAUCCAAGAAAAGGAUAAAUUGGAAACAUAUCGAGUGAUCAAGCGUCGAUUUGAUCAUACACAAUUGUCGACUGAUCAAACGUGGCCCUAUGGAUGCAGUCCCCCAUUGCAGCCUGGUAUGUCAGUUAUUGUCUGGGUGGAGUCACAACGUCACUUUCGACUUGCUACUGUUGCUGCUUUUAGUGCAACCGAAGGCACGUGCGAGGUGUCUUUCUGUGACAAUGUCUCGUUGCUGGAUACGAUGGAGUGCAGUUUGAACAAUGUAAUGGUUUUAACCUGCCCGCCGUGGUCAGGGAAGAGCGAAGUCAGCGCAGCAGAGCCAAAGCUAUCGGCUACCACGCUACUACGACGCGAGAAUGGACUCCGUGGAGCGACUCCGAUACUUUCAGCGCCAAAAGACGAAACAUACUCGAUUGGUGAUCGACACCACGACGAAAAAAUCCGAGCUAUACUGGCGGUGAAAAGCUUACUACAUCGCAAGGAGAAAAUCGUUUCAUCAAUGGCACAUUUGAACGAGCACGCUGCUGAAGAGAAAAUGCAAUUUCACGAGAAGGACGCUGUGGAUUUCAGCUUGUGGGCUACACCUACGACGACUUCGUCAGCAGCUGUAAAGGAUCUUGCGUGGAUCACUUCGUGUGAGAGGCGCCAAUUACAGAAGCAGCAUUCUUGGCUCGCUGCAAAUCUGAAUGCUACAAACAAGCACCUGAAAACUGCAUUGCUGACGCUUCAGUCUUUUUCGGCAACCAAUUCUUCUGGAGCAGAAAGUUCUGGCACGAAUCUGGCUUAUCGUUCAGCUUCUCCUGAGUGGGGCAACAUGAUGCCGACAGAGACAUUGACUGAGGGUCAAAUUCGUUGGGCCAUUGACUUUCUUGCUGCAAGUCAGCGGAAGUCGGCUAUUGUGGUCGCAGAGUCGGCAUCCCAGAUCGUCAAAGAUGACAAAGGACGAUCAAGUUUGAACACCUUGGGUAAUGAUAUUCGUCUUGGAAAUGUGCUGCCAGAGACGAUGCAACUCGUUGCCAAUUGCGUCACCCUAGUGAGCAUCCUCCACCUGCAUGUUGCUGCAUCACCAGACGUACCCCCUGUUGUUACACAAAAGCUCGUGGAGCGUGUACUUGAGUUGCUAAGGCCCUCCCACGAAACAAACAUGGAUCUUUACGCUGAGCUUCUUGCAGCUGCGGAUGCUGCACAAGCUCAGAUGAUGGUGCAGGCCUCGACAAGUCAGGUCGAUCAAGAUUGA